AUGGCUGGGAUUUUGGACCUCCAGGAGGUGGCACUGAAUUCCACACUGGCAGUUACCUUUGAGAAAUUGCAAAAGACAAAGAUUGUUGGUGAGGAUGUGGGAAACACGAAACCCUCAUGGAUUAUGGGUGGAAGUGAAAAUUGGUGCAGCUACUAUGGAAACUGUGGGGAAUCAUUAAUAAAAGCUAGAAAUGGGGCCUGGGAAGAUAGCUUAAAGGGUAAAAGUACUUGCUGCCAACUCAAUUCCUGUGACCCACAAAAUGGAGAAAAAGAACGGACUACUUCACACAAAGUCUCAGCACUAGCCAAGACUCGUCAGACUGGUUCUCUGUGGAUCAUCAGUGACUUCUUUCUUCACCUCACUUUAUCCUACAAAGCCAGGGAUGAGCCCAGCCGAGGCAUAAGCUCAGUCGCGGACCAGCCACCCCAGGUCUCGGAUCUUGCUUGUCAGCGAUGUAUCGAUAAGGUGGUGUGGUUCAAGUGGUCCGGGCUCCCUGUGGGAUCUAGUACUUGCACCUGUAGUCUGAAGUGUAGGUCCUUUUACCCAGAACAGAGUGUUGUCACAGGUGCUGGUCUCCAGUGCAAGAAAAGAAUUGCUGUGGAUGGAUUAGGACCAGGUCUUGGAGAUUCCUCUCUUCUCCUUUCGCCGCCUGUGCUGAGGGCCAGGAGGAGAACUCGUGUGGAGCCCUGGGUUAUUGGCCUCAUCUCUUUUUUAUCCCUGAUUGUCCUGGCUGUGUGCAUUGGGCUCACCGUUCACUAUGUUAGAUACAAUCAAAGGAGGACCUACAAUUACUACAGCACAUUGCCAUUCACAAGUGAUAAGCUUUAUGCUGAGUUUGGAAAAGAGGCUUCUAAAAAUUUCACAGAAAUGAGCCAGAGAAUUGAAACUAUGGUGAAAAAUGCAUUUUAUAGAUCUCCACUGAGGGGACAACUUGUCAAGGCUCACAUUAUCAAGUUCACUAAAGAAUAUGAUGGAGUGUCGGCUCACAUGCUGCUGAUUUUUCGAAUUCCCUCUACUGUGGAUCCUGAAACUGUGCACCAAAUAGUUGAACAUGUUCUGCAUGAAAAGCUGAAAUAUGCUACAGGACCCCCCAGCGUUGAUCCUGAAUCGGUUGAAAUUAAAAAAAUCAACAAGACAGAAACCGACAACUUUCUCAACCAUUGUUGUGGGACACGGCGGAAUAAAUCGACAGCACAGACUAGCCUCAGGAUCAUUGGCGGGACGCAAGCAGAGGAGGGAGAAUGGCCAUGGCAAAGUAGCCUGCAGUUGGAUGGGUCCCAUCGCUGUGGAGCAACUUUGAUCAACAACACAUGGCUCGUGAGUGCUGCUCACUGCUUCCGAACGCACAAGGAUCCAUCGAGUUGGACUGCUUCCUUUGGAGCAACAAUACAACCUCCAAAACUGAAGACUGGCCUGCGGAGGAUAAUUGUCCAUGAAAAAUACAAAUACCCAUCUCAUGACUAUGACAUUGCGCUCGCUGAGCUUUCUAGGCCAAUCCCCUGCACAAAUGCAGUGCACAAGGUUUGUCUCCCGGAUGCAAACUAUGAGUUCCAGCCUGGACAGCAGAUGUUUGUGACAGGAUUUGGAGCAAUGCAAGAUGAUGGAUUUUCACAGAAUCGCCUUCGGCAAGUUCAGGUGGAUUACAUAGAUACCCAAACCUGCAAUCAACCUCAAUCUUACAAUGGUGCCAUCACGCCUAGGAUGUUGUGUGCUGGCUUCUUAAAAGGAGAGAAAGAUGCAUGCCAGGGUGACUCUGGAGGACCACUGGUUGCUCCAGAUGCUAGAGAUAUCUGGUACCUUGCUGGAAUAGUGAGCUGGGGAGAUGAAUGUGGCCAACCCAAUAAGCCUGGUGUUUAUACUAGAGUGACUGCUUUCCGGGACUGGAUUGCUUCCAACACUGGUAUCUAA